CAGAACACCUGCGCUUUAUAGAGGGCCGCACUGGGAGAGGUACGCAAGACAAGGAGUGGCAAGUGGCAACGACACUGGACAGGAGAGUGGUCUGCCGUCAGGGAGAGCGCAUAUAAAAGCACCGCCCACUCCCCAUUGCCCCUUCCCGUGUCGUCUCUAUCCCCGUCGCUGUCGCCUCGUUCCUUCCUCGCUCUCCUGCUGUUGCACCGGUUCUUCGUAGCACUCAACCUCUCCGUUUAUCGCAGCGCGUGGAAAAGUUUACUCUUUCCAUAGGCGUCAAAGACAUCAGAGAAGCAGAAGAGGAUAAAGAAAUAUGACCGCCAACGCAGCCACGUCGAAGGCGGUGAGCGUAGCCGCAUCCGCUGCGACAGCGCCCAAGGGAAAGGCCCAGGCACUCGAAAUCGGAAUGAUCAAACUCGUCCUCUCCCAAAUCAUCACUUUCGAGAAUGCCAAGACAUUCAUCUUCUACCUCGUCGUGUGGCGCUACCUCUCGCGACUGCUACGGCACGUCAAGGUUUUUGGCGUGACGAAGAGCGUAUACCAGCUGUACACUGCUCUCUCUAGGCGCAUCCUCACGCUCGUCCUGCGCAUCCCCGCCGCGCGCCGCAAGGUCGAGCGCGAGCUGAAGCAAGCCGAGGUGGACAUUGACCGCAAACUGGUCGUACGGCCCGCUCACAUUAGCAUCAACAGCCAGCUGCCCAUGAACGGCAAGGACGUCGAGUGGCUGCGUACCGAGUUGCGCAAACUGCAGAAGCUCGAGAUCUCCGCUUCAUCUGGUGCUACCGGGAGCAAGGAAGGCAUAGCUUCCGCGAUCAUCGCGGACGACAGCAGCUGGCAGGAUGUCGAUGGCCAGUCGGUUUGGCAGGGCGGCAAGAUCAGCGGCGCCGUCUACCACGGCGGGCAGGACCUGAGCGACCUGCUAGCGGACGCGAUCCGGAUGUUCAUGGUGAGCAACCCGCUGCACCCAGACGUCUUUCCCGGCGUGCGAAAGAUGGAGGCGGAGAUCGUGUCGAUGUGCCUGCGCAUGUACAACGCCCCGUCCGACACAGGCGUCGGCGCAACCACGUCUGGCGGGACUGAGUCGAUCCUGAUGGCGUGCAAGGCGAUGCGCGACUGGGGGCGUAGCGUCAAGGGCAUCACCGAGCCGGAGAUCGUCAUUCCCACCUCGGCGCACGCGGCGUUCGACAAGGCAGGCGCGUACUUUGGCAUCAAGAUCAUCCACAUGCCCGUCAACCGCAUCUCGCGCAGAGUUCAGAUCAGCAGCGUCGCGCGCGCCAUCACCCGCAACACGAUCCUCCUCGUCGGCUCCGCUCCCAAUUUCCCCGACGGUAUCAUCGACGACAUUCCUGCGCUCGCGGUGCUCGCCAAGCGACACAACAUCGGCUGCCACGUCGACUGCUGCCUCGGGAGCUUCCUCGUUCCUUUCCUCGAGCGCGCCGGCCUGCCCUCCGAGCCAUUUGACUUCCGCAUCGACGGCGUCACCAGCAUCAGCUGCGACACGCACAAGUACGGGUUUGCGCCGAAAGGCUCUUCCGUAAUCAUGUACCGCUCCGCCAACUUGCGGAGGUACCAGUACUAUGUGCAGCCCGACUGGCCGGGGGGCGUGUACGCCUCGCCGACGAUCGCCGGCUCACGCCCUGGCGCACUAAUCGCGGGGGCGUGGGCCGCGAUGAUGACAAUGGGCGAAGACGGGUACACGGGUAGUUGCAAGCAGAUCGUCGGCGCAGCACGCCAGAUUGAAAAGGCCAUUCGGGACGAGAUACCGCAGCUGCAGGUGCUUGGGAAGCCGCUUGUCAGCAUCGUCGCCUUCGCCAGCGCUGGAAGCGUCAACAUUUACGACGUCGGCGAUGCGAUGAGCAAGAAAGGGUGGCACCUCAAUGCGCUCGCGACCGAUCCGCCAGGCAUUCACAUCGCAUGCACGCGCCUCACCGUGCCGGUCGUCGAGGACUUUAUCACCGACCUCAAAAAAUCCGUCGCCGAGUCCAAAACCAAGCCGGCCAAGCAGGGCACGAUGGCGAGCCUCUAUGGUCUCGGCUCCAGCAGCGCCGUUGGGCCGUCGCUCGUGUCCGAAGUCGCUGUUCGUUUCAUCGAUACCUUGUAUAAGAUGUAGAUAAUAUUGCCGGGUCAUUUUCGCGUACCUUCCUUUUUUCGUAGGGAAACAGACGCUGUCUUGUGCACCAUUGGCCUUUUGUACAUUACUCCCGGUGACACGCAUCUGUAUAAUACAAAGACAAAAAUGUCCACACCGCAUUUUCGCGGG